AUAACCAACAAUUUUUCUGGUCAGUACCACAACACAGCGGACUCUGAUGCUCUUUUUGGUUCCAGUGGACUACACAUCAUCCACCCUAAUGUGAACAGCCUCUCUGGAGCCAAACUUGACCAAAUCAGAGAAAUGUUCCUCAACACGAAGGACUGCAACCAUCCCAGAGAGGUCACAUCUGCCUCAAUGAAGAAGUACCUCUUCCGCUGCAUCCUCUGUGUUCUAAUGCUGAUUCGUCUUUACGUCUGGCUGAUAGGAUACUCGUCCCCAGCAGUUUCCUUGUCCGACAACUCAGAACAACGCAACGUGACCAUCCUGCUGUGGCACUGGAACGCUGAACAUGCUAGGGCUGUCAGCCAGAACAUGUGCUGGGAACGCUUCAACAUCCCACACUGUAAAGUUAUGAUGCAGGAUGCCUUGUACAUGAAAGCGGACGUGGUGGUGUUCAAUAACCUUGAGCUGGCAAGAGGACGGCUGAAACUGCCCAUGGAGCUCCCCAGGCCGCCGGGCCAGAGGUGGGCUUGGAUGUCCGUACAGUCCGCUAAUAACAACGGGAAACUGCUGGGAGAAUAUGGAGGCGUGUUCAACCUCACCGUGAGCUACAGGAGGGACGCAGAUGUUAUCAUACCAUACGGUGGGUUUAUACCACGAGAGUCUGGAGAUCCAGUGGACGACAUCCCAAUAAAGAAAACUGAUCUGGUCUGCUGGGUGGUCAGCCACUACAAGGAUUCCUUCAGAAGAAGCCAAGUGUACAAAGAACUCAGCGCGGUCAUUCCUGUAAAGGUCUAUGGACGCUGGUCAAAUAAUCUUCUUGCGCCCAAUGACCUUCUUCCUACAAUAUCACGUUGCUACUUCUAUUUGGCCUUCGAGAACAGCAUCGCCAAAGAUUAUAUCACAGAGAAACUGUGGAUCAAUUCCUACCAAAGUGGGGCUGUGCCGGUCGUCCUGGGACCACCGGUGGAGCAAUACGAGGCUGUGGCGCCGCCUCACUCUUUCAUCCACGUCGACGAGUUUGCUUCGGUGAAAGAACUUGGCGAGUAUCUGCAGGAGCUGGCGGGCGACGCCAAGCGUUACGGCGAGUAUAUGCAAUGGAAGAGAGACUGGAAGGUGCAACCGUCCAUUAACAAGGAAUGGAGAGUGUGUCAGAUCUGCUUGCGGUACCCCAGCUUCCCUCCGCACAAAGUCUACACUGACCUGGAAGCCUGGGUUAAAGCUACUUAAAAACCUCUGAAGUCCGACAUCAUCCAGCCAGGAAACAUUUGUCCCUCAUGACAAAAAUGGUGUGUUUCCCAAAACUUCUUGUAAGAGAACAGACACCUGAUAAAAGACGUAUUUGGACACUAAAUCUUGUUUAAACACACAAUGGAUUUGAUACAGGGUAAAAAUGAUGUUCUGUUAGUCAGUAGACAACAACAAUAAAUAGUGGUAGGUCACAUAUGACUUAAAGACAUCUCAUUCGUUCAGAUUAUCCACAACAUCAUCGUUAUUCAUACUUUAUUUAGUGAUGUAAGAAAUAAACGUCCAAAUACAACAGUUUAGACAAUGGUAUUGACCUGUA